CUCCAACGGAGAGAUUUUUUUCCUUUGACCGCCGCUCGCUUUGGAACUUUCUUUCUUCAGCCUUAUAUCACGCAGACAUUACUUGCCUCACAUCACAUCAGUCACAUUACAUUACAUUACAUUUUACCGCCGCAUUCUUUUUCCACUAGAGCAGAUUGUCAGUCUUGUCAUACACUAUCUUUCCCACCCAAUUUAUCCUUCAUCAUGGGCAACGGAGCCAAAGCACAACAAAAGCGUGAUCGCAACAAGGUCGAUUCCAAGAAGGAACCUCAGAGUCAAUUGAAAUCCAACGCCGCCGCUCAAACAUUCAAAUGCAAGACAUGCUUUCAAACAUUCCAGAGCACUACCGCACGUAAAGCUCUGGAAACACAUGCAUCGGAUCGUCAUUCGAAGAAAUAUGAGGAUUGUUUUUGAGGGAGAGGUAGAGAGGGGUCAAAGGGAAAGGUUGGGGAGGGUGGGAGGCAUGACAGUUGAUGAUGGAUCAUGAUAAUCAUGAAUCAUGAAUUAUGAUGAUCAUGGUGAUGGCGAUGACUGAGACGGGGACGGAGACGGGGAUGCCUAUUGGCCUUGAUUCUACCAUCGUCAAGGACUCGACUUGGAGUUGUUCCAGUCAGCCAUCCAAGAAGGGAGAGAUGGAGUGAGUGAUGGGGCCGGAGUCUCCGUGCAAUCGAUCGAUCAUGGCGUCGGCGUUUUUUACCAAGUUCAGGACAGAGCGAACGAGCGACAUGAUUCGAUAGACAACGUACUUAGGUAGCUGCGGCGAACUAAGUAGGUGAUCAAAGUAUCUUCAGUUGAGUAGAAGUGCCAGAACGAGAACCAGAACGAGAAGAAGUGAACAAACAUGACUAAAAGUCUGUUCGAGAACACGAUUGAUCGAUCGAUUGAUACCAUAGCCGUAGCCAUGGCCAUCCUAGG